AUGAAGAUAUUCCAAUUCCAAUGGAUGCAGAACAAAAUCACUGGGAGAUCAUACAAUCACAAUAGAAAAAACCCAGCUUCAACUGAUCAUUAUCUGAAGCAGCAGGUGCCUGAAAAAGAAGAAUUCAGUGACUGGCCAGAUGGGUUGCUGGCAAUUGGAACAUUUGGAAACAACAAGGACACUAAUACCCAAGAAAAUUCACCACAAGAUCACCAACAGGAAGAAUUUUCACCUGAAGAAGUUGGACAACUACAGACUGAGUUCAAUAUUUCAAUCUUGCAUGAUGAUCAACAAGGGUUUGAAUCAGAAAGAAGAGCAAAGGAUGAUGCAGAUCUUGAUCAGUCAAAUAGUAAAAAAACUGGUCACCUCCACCGCAGCACAAGUUUAGUUGUUGCUAGAGGCAAAGAUAAUAAUAUGUGUUUGGAGUUGGAUAGUUCAAGAAGAAGUGGCCUAAUUAAUGGGAAGAAGUCAUUUUCUUUUCUGCUUAAGAAAGUGUUUGCUUGUAGAGGUGGGUUCACACCUGCCCCAAGUUUAAAGGAUCAAAUUCCAGACUCAAGAAUGGACAAGUUGCUGAGAUUAAUUCUUCGCAAGAAAAUACAUCCCCAAAGUUCUGCUUCAACAUUUUCUGCUGCCAAAAAGUACCUGGAGAACAGACAUAUGAAAUCAGAAGAGGAGCCCAGGGAGGAGGGAAGUAAAUGGAUAUUGUUUUGGAGAUCUGAAUUGCCUCUGCAUUGGGCAGCAGCUGGUGAACUCUUAUUGCAAGGUUUUUUGCAGGGUGACUGUGAUGCAUGCAUUGUUGAUAUGUUUUCUUCUGGAUCACAAGACAAGUUAAUGGCCAAAAAUGUUGCAGAUUAUUCUUUUGUCAAUUAUGCUGCAAUGAUGUCUCCACACUGUCUAUUUGAUUCAAAGCUUAAGAGCUUGUGGACUGUGAUUUGUAUCAUGAAAUGA